GGGUGGGCUAUUUACCAAUAGACUAUGUACAGCUGCAGCGAUCGGUUAGCUGCUCAGAUAGCUGAUGUUUGAAGUUGGUGAGGGAGAGUGGCAGCCUGCGAGUCCAGUGGCAGCCAGUCCUAUUUAAUUUUAUGGCAUCUCUCUCGGUGCUGUGGCUUUCUCUCUGGUCGGGUUCCUUUCCAAAGCCACAGAGAGAGACGAGGGUUCGGCUCAGCCCUGCCAAACAGCACAGCCACACAGACGCCCAGGAGUCUUCCCAAGGUCUCUCUAAGCAACCACACAUACUCAGUUUCCAUAUCCUCAGAGAGAGAAGGAGGGUGGGAGACAGAUCAUGGAGGAAGGGAAAUGAAGGGGGAGGAGGAAGAAAACAGAGCUGUGCAUGACCCCUGUAGAUCUUAGGAAUAAUAAUAAUAGCAAUAUUUUACAUAACUCAGGAAAUGGAAUGACGUUAACUCAACAUUAUGCCAAUAAUUUUAAACUCUCCAUAUUCCUGUCUCUUGUGGCAAACAUGGCAGUUUCAUAAGCCUCACUGACUGUUCCUUCCUCACUGACUGUUGUUACAAAUAGAUUUUUGGAUGACACAGGAAUGGCUGCCUUUAGUCUUCAAUCCCUGGUAAACAGAAUAUUGGUAUUACUCAAUGUGUUCUUGUCUGUCUUUCUCUCUCUGCUGUCUCCUUCCAUGCACACACUAACAAUGCCUUUGUUUGUCUACUGCGAGCGGGUCUUGAGUGAGGAGAAUCAGCAGCCUGUUUACCAGUCCAAGUGUUGCAUGGUCUCUUUUCUUCGACUCUGAUCUGGCAGGCGACACAUCCCAACAUGCGAACGUACUACUUUUGCACAGACGCAGCCAAAGACAUGGAGUCAUGGAUGAAGGUGAUGACAGAUGCUGCCCUGGUGCACUCAGAGCCUAUCAAGAGCAGGUUAAUAAAAGUAGAACAGUGCCGUCCUCAGGACUUCAGUAACCACAUUACCCAGAACCACCGACCAGUCCUAACCCGACCAGUGAUCCAGAACAACAAGCGGAACCAAGCUGAGACUGAGCAGGAACAGGAACUUUACACCGUUGCUGCCAUAACCACGGUAACCUCCAACGAGGAGAAGGGGAACAGGAAGCAGUGUGACGCUGAGCGCUACGGUUUCCAGAAAGAAGGAGCAGAGAGAGACCGUCCGCUUACUAAGAUCAACAGCAUCAAACCUCAGCCGGACCAGGCAGCAGCUGUUGCUGCUAACAUCAGAGAUGGAUCCCCACGACAGGCAGAAACACCAGACAGGCUCUACAGAUCCCCACAGGUGAAUGGGUCCAGGGACCAGAGCCCAGGGGAGAUGAUGGCCCACCACGAGCCCCACCAGACCCCCUCCAUCCUGGGCAGCAUGACCCCUACCACUCCUACCCCCCAGUACCCCCAGCAAGAGCCUGAGCCCAGGGCCCUGACCAGGACCAGCUCCAUGCAGCAGCUGGAACAGUGGGUCCGCACACAGAGAGUACGCAACCAGGACGACGACACUAGAAGUAUCAUGUCGUACCAGACCCUGCCUAGGAACAUGCCCAGCCACCGGGCACCUCCAGUCAUGCCCCACUGUGGGGACCCUGGCUACCGUACCUUACCCAGGAACAGCAUGUUGCGACCGGACAGUAUCUGCAGCAUGUCCCCUACCAUAUACGACCAGACCCUAGGCAUGGGGCUGGGCCUGGGGAUCUCGCCUGCAGACAAGAGGCGCUCCAUGAGGGACGACACCAUGUGGCAGCUGUACGAGUGGCAACAGAGAAUGGGCUACACUCCCAGCCCCAGGCCAACGUCGUCGCCGCCCGGGCCGUAUGGGACCCUGCCCAGCCCCAAGACCAUGAUCAACUUGUCUGAGCACCAGGGUGACAGUCACCAAUCUAUCCCCCCCUCGCCUUCCCACGGCUCCUUGUCCAUGUACGGAGGCUACUCGCCCCUCCGCUCCUCCUACAACCACAGCUCCACUAGGUCAGAAGUGGGCUUGCUUGUAUACCAGGGGGAUAUCACUAUAGACAGGAGACACAGCAGGACAUCACACCUCAAUAAGUAUGCCUACCCACCUGACAGGAGGCCAAUGCCAGCUGGGAUCCCUGUCCAGACCAUCACUGCCCAAUCUCUGCAAGGCAAAACAAUGAGCCCAGAGGAAUACAGGGAACACUCCUGCAUGUGCAGGCCGCAGGAAGUCGACAUUGAUGCCAAGCUGAGCAGGUUGUGGAAACAGGACAAGGUUGUCCGGACGCAGGAGGACAAGCUACAGCAGCUACACAGAGAGAAGCAUACCCUGGAGAUGGCCCUGCUGUCGGCCAGUCAGGAGAUAGAGAUGAGCUUUGAAAACCCAGCCACUGUACAUGGUGUCAUCCAGCAGAAUGAAGUGCUACAGAGUGGCCUGCUUAGUACCUGUAGAGAGCUAUUCAGAGUUAACACUGAGUUGGAGCGGUCAUGGAGGAAGUAUGAGAAGAUGGAGAGAGAUGUUUCAUUGGCCAAGAACAACCUGCUGGAGCAACUAGAGGCACUGGGAAGCCCUCAGACGGGGCCCCCCAGCCAGCAGCAUGUCCACAUCCAGAAGGAGCUGUGGAGGAUCCAGGACGUGAUGGAAGCCCUCAGCAAGAACAAGGCCCAGAGGAGCUCAGAGACACAGGGAUACUCUGGCUCCACGCCCAUCUCCAACAAACAGAAGAGUGAAGGUCCAGACUACAGGCUGUAUAAGAGUGAACCAGAGCUCACCACUGUAGCUGAGGUGGAUGAGACCAACGGCGAGGACAGAUCUGAACAGUGUGACAGAGACCCCUCUGACACCAAAGGAUUGUCAUACCCCGUUGGCAUCAUUCCCCCCAGAACCAAAUCUCCCAUAAUACCAGAGGCUUCCACCAUCUGUGUUACCCUGAGGAAGGGCAGGAGGCCAGACCCACACAUGGAGCGUCCCCGCAGUGCAGUAGACCAGCUGUGUGGUGGGCCUGUGGAGAAGGAGAGUGGCAGGCCCAGGAUGAGUGUAGAGGAGCAGCUGGAGAGAAUCAGGAAACACCAACAGUGGGCACUAAGAGAGAAGACGAAGGGGCUUCACAUCAUGGUGAUCAACAGCCCACAGCAGGGACAGCUAGGCCUGCAGGACAACAACACACACAGCCAUCCACACAGUCACAGUAACACACCAACACCCUCACGAAGCACCUCGUUCACCAAAGAGAACCCCUUCCAUAGCCUACAGAACUGUCGUCAGCGUGACGAGGUGAUGAGCAGUGACAUCCUGGAGCUGGAGGCGUCACUCAGAGAACAGGAAGUGUUCAGAGAGCAGGAGACACCUGCCGAGGAAAUAGCACGACUCAAAGAGGCCUCGCACACUGACCACUACAACAUGGACAGAGAGUUGUCAGUCCCUGAGAAGGUGUUGAUUCCAGAGCGUUAUGUAGAGUCAGAUCCAGAGGAGGCUCUCAGCCCAGAGCAGGAGGCUGGAAAACAGAAGAAGGUGGACCGUAUUAAAGCCCUCAUCGCCAAAAACAGUAUGCAGAAUGUGCUCUCACCCCCAAGUGGGGUGCUGAGCCCUGAGGAGGAGGCUACAGCUCAAGAGCAGGAGAAGAUGAUCAACAUCUCCUAUGAACUGGCUGCUGAGGCUUCCAAACGCAGCAAGCUGGUCGCAGCUUGUCCUCCUCCUCACCGCUUCCUGAGCCCCAACCUUCCUCAUCUCCACCUCCUAACACACAACCACCACCCCAGCUCACUGAUGGGUCCCACUUCAUGUGUGUGUAAUAGGAGUGGCAUCAGUAAUUGUGUGUAGGAUUGCCCCCCAGUCCCUGGCUUCAGUGAAGACCUACAGGUGAGAGAUGUGACACAGAGAUGAGGAGGCUCCUGUUUGCUGUAAAGAAGACCUCUACACAAGGACAUGAUACACCCAGCACAAAGUGUAGACCAAGAGAACUGUACUCGACAGACAGAUAGUUGGACCACGCAAUGAGCUGGGCCUUAUAUGCUGUCUGUCAAUCUAUGCCUCACUGUGACAUCACAUCCUCCUGUGCCAUGGCGUCACUUCCUGUGAUGUCAUCACCCUUUGAUGUCAUCACCACCACAAUCUCCCCUCUCCCUCGCCCCAUGGGAUCACAACUUUGCAACAAAAAACACAAUAAUAAGACAUCGAUACUGUUGUUUGCUGUUAGAGUAGUUCGUUUCAUUGUCGUAAUUUAUAUUGUUUGGAGUUUGUGUGUGUCAAGAAUAUAUGAACCCUUCUGUGAUGAGGAUGGCACACUGUUAUGCCAUUGAUUCUUUCAUAGUUUAAGAGUUCCACAGCGUUGUUUCAUAACUCUUAUUGCAUUUCAGUUCAUAUUUGAGUUCGUAUUGAGUUUACAUUUUAGUUUAAUCCCAGAAUUACCCUCAAUCUACACACAAUACCCCAUAAUGACAAAACAAAAAUACGUUUUCAGAAAUGUUUGCAAAUGUUUUUUUAAAAAGAAGGAAAAAAAAGGAAAUUUACAUAAGUAUUCAGACCCUUUACUCAGUACUUUGUUGAAGCACCUUUGGCAGCAAUUACAGUCUCGAGUCUUCUUGGGUAUGACGCUACAAGCUUGGCACACCUGUAUUUGGGGAGUGUCUCCCAUUCUUCUCUGCAGAUCCUCUCAAGCUCUGUCAUGUUGGAUGAAAUAGCACAGCUAUUUUCAGGUCUCUCCAGAGAUGUUUGAUCAGAUUCAAGUCUGACCUCUGGCUGGGCCACUCAAGGACAUUCAGAGACUUGUCCCGAAGCCACUCCUGCGUUGUCUUGGCUGUGUGCUACGGGCCGUUGUCCUGGUGGAAAGUGAACCUGGUCCUGAGUGCUCUGGAGCAGGUUUUCAUCAAGGAUCUCGCUGUACUUUGCUCCGUUCAUUUUUCCUUCGAGCAUGACUAGUCUCCCAGUCCCUGCCACUGAAAAACAUCCCCACAGCAUGAUGCUGCCACCACCAUGCUUCACUGUUGGGAUGGUGUCAGGUUUCCUCCAGACGUGACGCUUUGCAUUCAGGCCAAAGAGUUCAAUCUUGGUUAAACCAUCAGACUAAGAGUCCUUUAGGUGCCUUUUGGCAAACUCCAAGCGGGCUGUCAUGUGCCUUUUACUGAGGAGUGGCUUCCAUCUGGCCACUCUACCAUAAAGGCUUGAUUGGUGGUUGUCCUUCUCGAACGCUCUCCCAUCUCCGAAGAGGAAAUCUGGAUCUCUGUCAGAGUGACCAUUGGUUCUUGGUCACCUCCAUGACCAAGGCCCUUCUCCCCCAAUUGCUCAGUUUGGCCAUGCGGCCAACUCUUGGAAGGGUCUUGGAAGUUCCAAACUUCUUCCAUUUAAGAAUUAUGAAGGCCACUGUUCUUGGGGACCUUCAGUGUUGCAGAAAUAUUUUGGUACCCUUUCCCAGAUCUGUGCCUCGACACAAUCCUGUCUCGUAGCUCUACAGCCAAUUCCAUGGCUAUGUUUUUGCUCUGACAUGCACUGUCAACUGUGGGAACUUAUAUAGACAGGUGUGUGCCUUUCGAAAGCAUGCACAAUCAAUUGAAUUUACCACAGGUGGACUCCAAUCAAGUUGUAGACAUGACAUGGUCGUUAUAGGGUAUUGUGUGUAGAUUGUUUAAAUUAAUUUUUUCAUUUUAGAAAAAGGGUGUGACAUAACAACAUGUGGAAAAAGGGAAUGGGUCUGAAUUCUUUCCAAAUGCACAUCCAUAACAAGCUACAAUGCUAUUAUUAGAGUUGGGAUAUGAACAUUUGCAUAUGAUCUGUUGUAUAUAAUGUUAAAUGUUUCUGAUAUUA